CCUAUGACGGUGGCGGAUCAAAGCCCUCAAGUGGCCGUCCAACGCCCGAUGUCCAGCUGCAUCUUCCACGUGAAGGGAAUCACCAGAAUUGGAACAUGGAAUGUACAUGGGUCGCGGUCAACUGGUCAGCGACGAGAAAAUAAUACUCUACUCGGGCCACGACUCCGACCACGCGCGAGGCGUCGGACUUGUCCUCUUGAAGAAAGAGGCGGCGGCGCUCCUCAGCUGGAAACCGAUCUCCGACCGGCUCAUCUCGGCGCACCUUCAUACACGGCAUGUAAAAAUCACCGUCAUUCAAGCCUACGCGCCCAUCGAGGAUGCCGUCAAUGUCAGCAAAGACGCCUUUUACGACCAACUCCAACACGAAUUGGACUCCACCCCGCGUCACGACCUCGUGAUGAUGCUCGGCAACCUGAACGGCCAAAUUGGUGACUCUCGACGUGGAUUUGAGCGAACCAUCUGCCCCCAUGGAUCGGCGCGCAAGACGAAUGACAAUGGCGAGCGGUUCAUAUCCCUCUGCACUGCGAAUGCACUCGCAGUCGACAACACCUACUUCGCUCACCAAAUGAUCCACAAACGCACGUGGCGGUCGCCGGACGGAAGUACCUUGAACGACUACGUGUGUAUCACGGGGCAAUGGCGAUCGUCGCUUUUAGACAUCAGAGCUUUCCGCGGUGCAGACAUCGGUUCCAACCAUAACCUCGUGGUGGCCAAAUGUCAGCUGUGGAUCAAGCGCGUGCCAACCCAACCUCGCCGGCCGCGUCCAUUCGACCUCGCGAAACUCAAGGAUCUGAACAUGGCUACCCAAUUCCAGAUCGAGCUACGAAACCGUUUCGAGGCCCUCGCCGAUCUAACAGACAUUGAGCAACACUGGACGGGUAUUCAAGAAGCAUUUGUAGCGAGAGCGGACUUGACCGUCGGCCGGCGCCGUGGGAUGUACAGGGAGUGA